CUCUCUGGAGACGCCUGCCAUUCCUGUGAAGAGUUCCCGCGCCUGUUCCUGCCGCUCAAUAGUCUUCUCCUGCACCUCUCCCUCUCCCUCUUCAUCUACUUCAGGUCUGCUGGCCAACGACAAUCGCUACCAUCACUGCUGCUGCUGCUGCUGCUGCUGCGCUGCCUGCCUCACUCUUCUUCCUUCACCCCGCCCGCUAUUUGCGUCGUUGCGUACCUGUGUGUCGUCUAAAGCUCUGGGGCGAUUCGUGCUUCAGCCCAGUCGCCGUGUCCCUGUACCGCUCCAAUUCCCUCUCCAUAUAUAUAUUCCUCGCUUCCGCUACCCCACGAUCAAUCCAAAAGCAACCACACAUCCCCCGCUGAGCCAAGAUGGGGUUUUUCGAAAAGGUUCAAGCCAAGCUUGAGUUAUAUCGCCUGGAACAGAGAUACACUCGACGCGAGAAACGCACCACUUUCAUCAGCGAUGCCCAGUACGUAGACGGCGAGUACGUCUUUGCUUCAUCGCCUACCGCUUCCACCAAAACCUCGUCCACUGCCAGCAGCCGCGACAACCGACGCUUAAGCAAGCUGCCCACCGUCAGGAUACGAGCACUGGCCAGUGGUCGCAACUAA